GCGACGGAACAGGAGAGAUGGAGCGAGUACAAGCGAUGCUCGAGGCGUGGUGUAUAAUUACAAUGAAGAGGGCAUUCAAAGAGCUGAAACUGGAUGGGAACAGUGCAUUAGUAUCCCACUAGUACAGCCAGACAUGUUUGGGCUUCUUCAGCAAUGGGAUGAGCUCCUUGAGGAAUUUUCUGUGGGAGAGGCCUGGCUUCCUCGCAGGUAUGAUGAACAUGACCACAACUGCUACACAUACGCGCUGGCAUUCAUUAACAGCGUACUGAACGCACAAGGAAAACGGCAAAUGAGUAAAAGUGAAUUUACAGAGAAAUUUGUGAUCCCACAGACAAAGAAAGCUUCCAAAUACAUUACUCUGCAUCAGGAGCUAACAGCUAAUGAUUUCUACAUUGUACCCCUUCUUCCCGAUCAAGAAAAACAGGGCUGAAAAUGACAAGUUGCUAUAUUAAAACAUUAUAACAUGCAAUAGGAAGUCUUUAAGACUCCAAAUCUCAGGGUUUAAGAUGCGUGAUCUACUUAAUGUAUUUAAAAACAUAAUUAACUUAUUUAAAAACAUAAUUAACUGUAUAUGUUAACCUGCACAUCAUGGAAGAAUUGUGAAAGAGAAUUUCUGCAUUUGACUGAAACAGCAUACAUACAACGUACACACUACAGAAAACCUCUAUGGGAACUAUUCAUACAGAAAAAUGUUUUCCUAUUUACAUUCACUAUAUGCUCUGUUCUGCCAAGACAUUUAAUAUAAGAAAUUACUGUGUAAUUAAGGGUUUUAACAAACAAACUGUGGUAACUUAAGCUGUAGCAAACAGGUUUUUCCCUGUCACAUUUGUUUAUUGAUGAGUGGAA